CUUCAAUCAGAGUUUGUACGCCUUUUAUAAACUUGACAUCGUUGAUUCAAACGCACUAUUUACCAUAUAUUGAUUGACCGGUUCCAAUUGUAUGCUACGCUCACAAACUGAUAAUUGCAUACCAACGUUAGCUGCAGUUAAAACAACCGUUGUUAGCUCCCGCCUACAAUUUAAAGAAAGAUUAGGCGGGCUAAACAAAUUGUCAAAUGCCAUUUUCUGUUUAAGUUUUCAGAAACGCUUACUAUACUUCAGAAAUUCUGAAAUUCUAUUAUUCUACACAACUUUGAUUUCAACAAUCUGAAUUGAUAUUAGGGUUCAAAAUGACGCUGAAGUUCGGCUACUGGAACCUUCGAGGUAUGGGCGAACCCAUUAGACUUCUUAUGGAGUACCUCGAAAUUCCCUACGAGUGGAAAGAAUACACGCCGGCCACAGCAAAUGAAUGGUUCGAACAAGACAAAAUCAAUUUAGGCAUCGAUUUCCCAAACCUGCCUUAUGUCAUUGAUGGAGAUUUCAAGACUUCCCAGACUCAGACGAUCUUGAAGUAUCUCGGCAGGAAGUACGGAAUGUUCGGAGGACAAACAAACGAAGAAAUCGCGAAGCAAGAAGCUCUGAUGGACAAUGUUUUUGACUUUCGCACCCGAUUUGCGAUGAUAUGCUACGGAAUUGGAGAUUUCGAGGCGAAGAAAAAGGAAUUCUUGGACGCUCUUCCAACUAGACUUCAGUACUACGAAGACUGGUUGGCUUCGCGAAAAUGGCUGAUCGGCGAUAAACUUUUCGUCGGAGACUUUCUCUUCUGGUCAGGUCUGGACGCUAUUGCAUGCCUGGAACCGAGUUAUCUAGACAAAUUUCCAAAUGUGACAAAGUAUAAGAAGGAAAUUGAAGUUAUACCACAAAUUGAGAAGUUCCUGAAAAGUGAUAAGUUUGCCAAGUUUCCGGUCAAUGGACCUAGCGCUCAAUGGGGAGGUGGAGCGAGCGGAUGAUAAUACUAACAAUAAUACUAAUUAACUUCGCUUCUAGCUUGAUUUGACUUUACUAUGCUUCAAAUCGAAUACAUUUAAAUAGUAGCGUAAAUAU